AUGUCCUCAAGCCGUCUCUUCCGAUUCAAUGUGCCCAAGCCGUCCUGGCUGAACAGCGCCAACACCCGAACCGCAGGCGUCUAUCUUGCGGGCGCACUUUUCUCGUUGGGAUUCUUCUUCUUCAUCGAUGCGAGCGUAUUUUCGAAAUCCCCCCUCAACGGAUCGCACGUCCACAUCAACUUUGUCGACUGGAUCCCCUUCAUCUGCUCGGCGCUGGGGAUGCUGGUUAUUAAUAGCAUUGAGAAAUCUCGCCUGAGCGCCGACAGCUUCUCGUAUAGUGGGAACGGGGUGGCAUGGAAGGCGCGCACCGUGCUAUUCCUCGGGUUCGCCCUGAUGGCCGGCGGCCUCGCGGGAAGCGUCACGGUCAUGGUGCUCAAGUACCUGUUCAACGAUUACGCCCUGACGACGGUCUACAUGGGCGUUGCGAACGUCGUGGCAAACGCUCUGGUUAUGCUCAGCAGUGUGGUGUUGUGGGUCAGUCAGAACAUGGAGGACGAUUAUACCUACAACUUGCAGCUGUAG